CGCGGCGCCCACCCGCCCCGCGGCCGAGGAGGGCCCCGGCGGGGCACCCGCGCCGCCUCCGGAUGGAUCUGCUCUUAAGUAAAGCUUUGCAAGAGCUGUGAAGUGCUGCAUCAAAGCUCUUGAAUUUGGACCAUUUCCAGGCCUGACGUCCAGAAGUUCUUCCCUAUGGGUGGUAAAUUUAAAGAGCCCUGGGCUGGCUUAUUCCUAAUCCUGAGAGUCUGCUCGUCCUCCUUGACGUGGGGGGCCAUGUACAGCUAGGACCUGUUGACCCAUUAAAAGUGAACUUUAAAGGCUGGAUGCAAAGGAGGAAGCGUAGUAAAGGCAGCAUCUUUCCAGGAUCCAUGGGCUCUUUGAGAGAUGAUCAGAGGGAGGCCAGAUGAUCUGCAGAACACGCACACCACUGUUUCUCAUCCGCAAAGGCAGCAUCGGAGCGUUCUCCCCAGCCCCGCGCCCCCCAGCUUACCCGAUCGUUUCCGGAUGUUUCGCAGCUGCGAGUGGGAGGUCCUGGAGCGAUCCCUCAAUAUCCUCCAGGCCAGCGACUUCUACUGGGGCCCCUUGUCCGUGAGGGAGGCUCACGCCAAGCUCCAGCAGGAGCCCGUCGGCACCUACUUGGUGCGGGACAGCUCACAGGGGAACUGCUUGUUCAGCCUGAGCGUGCGGAUGCCGACGGGGCCCGUCAGCCUUCGCAUCUCUUUCCAGGAGGGCUAUUUCCGCCUGAAGAACUGGUUUUCGGACUGUGUGGUCCGGCUGCUGGAGCUGGUGGUGGCGGGCACCCGGAACAACCCCUUGCACUUUGAUGAGAUGGGAGGAACUCCCCUGGUCUUUUCCGAGCCGCUGUGCCGGAGUCGCCGGGCAGUGCCCACGCUGCGAGAACUGUGCUGCCGGAGCCUGCCCGCUGGUGCUGCGACGGGGGACGGAGCAGGACCGGGGGGCUCCUCGGGGGUGAACCCCAGGGAGGAGGUGGUCUCACCCCUGGGUGGAAGGGGAGGGCCGGAGGGGAGCAUCGUCCCCAGUCCUUCUCCCUCCUGGACUGGGAGAUGACGGGGAGGUGCGUGUGGGAGAUGAAGGGAGGUGUGUUUUAUGUGGCUGUGCUGGUGGGACGCACACCAUGCUGGUGGGGCUGGACUAGCUGCUGGGAGAGGAAGGGGAGGGCAGGGGGAGCAGAGCUUGAACCCGCUGGCUGCGACAGCCACGUCCUCAUAUGUGCACAGCGUGUGUGGCCUUCCCCAGCAAUGCCUGGGGUAAAGCCAACCUGAAGAGGAGCAGAGAUUUGCCACCCCCCCCCCACCAAGUCCUGCUCUUUGCUCCAUUUAUAACUGAUGAGCUUCAGAAGAGGGUGAGCUGCCUGUCCUCCCAGGUCAGCCCUGUGUUUUCCUCUGUCCCAAACUGCUUCUUGUUUCUGCUACAGAUCUGCCCUCUUGAAGUGGUAUGGCUGAGACAGUCCCACAGCAGUGGGGUGCAGCUUGGGCAUCGGUGGGCACAACCCCUGUGCCGACCGGAUACCCCCAUAGUCGUGGCGGAGCGAGGGCCCAUUUCACUCCUCGUGGCACAAAUGCCCGAUGCCUGCCACUUCAGAGGCCAGUGUUUGCACUAGAGGGAAAUCACUGCAGCCAUGUAUGCUAUGUGCAGCUUCACUGGCUUUUGUAUUGCUUUAUUUGAACAGAUUUUUGGGAGUGCGGAUGAGUUAUGUUAUACUAAGGGCAUGGUGUUCCUGUGGAGGUAACCCCGGUCUGGAGAGUCGGGUCUGCCCCGGGAGAGCGUGAACUGAUGGUAUCCAGAGCCCUUUCUUACGCUCAUCUGAUAGUAUGCUGCUGCCCUCUAUAGAAAGUUAGAAGAGGGCUUCGUUUUGCCUCAAAAAAGGCAAAGAAUUUUUUAUAUAAAACUUUAAAAAAAAAAAAUUAAUAAACUUGUUUUUAUACUUAUUUUUAAAAGUCAA